UAAAAGGACCUGGUCCUCCUCAAAAGUCCUCCUCUGGUCUGAUCCAGUUCUCAGCUUCAUGGACAGAAUCACGCUGCGGUCUGAUGCUCGUUAACGGAACUUUACGAACCUUAACCCUGGACCUUGUGUUAUUUUGAGGCCAUGCCAUCUGGAACCAACAGGACGGGAUUCUCUGUGCGAGACAUCCUGGACCUGCCAAACCCAAAAGGGAGCUGCAGGUCCGGUACCGAGGAUCAGAACUCCAGAGAGGCCCCGGCAGAGGUCAGCGCAGAGGAAGUCGUGCUGGGUUUGUGUGAGCGCAGCGCGGGAGGCUGGUCCCGGUGGAACCGCAAACCCGAGUUCGGAACCGAUCAUGGAUCUCCCGAACCAGAUGAGUCCCUGUUCGGUUCGGCGCAGAAGAGCCGCGGAAGGAAGCGGCGCGUGCUUUUCUCCAAAGCGCAAACCUUCGAACUGGAGCGCCGCUUCCGGCAGCAGCGGUACCUUUCGGUACCGGAGAGGGAGCACCUGGCCGGCCUCAUCCGUCUCACCCCGAAUCAGGUUAAGAUCUGGUUCCAGAACCAUCGCUACAAGAUGAAGCGGGCCCGGGCAGAAAGCCGCCAGAAAGCGCUACAGCUGGUUCCGGUGCGCCGCGUCACUAUCCCGGUUCAGCUGCGGGACGGGAAGCCCUUUGACCAGCAGGCGACAUUCCGGUCCGGAAUAGGUCUGCCUCUGUGUGUCUAUUCACCGCUGCUGCACGCCACCUGUGGCCCGGAACCGUGCGAACUGCUGCAGCAGAACCCAGGAGCGCAGGCGCUAGCACACAUUUACUCCUGGAGCUGGUGAGGCCCGAACCGAGACUCUGACAAAAGGUUCGGUUUGAACUCAUGAGUUCGGAAGUUUCUGGUCUGAUCAUUCUGAAACCUGAUUUUAAGGUCAGAUUGUCAGAACCCAAAAAUUAAUUCUAUCCAAGUUUAAUAAUUUUCACCAGAAUCUGGUGCCGGUUCUAUUUGAUGUACAAAACCAGAACCGAUCCUGAACAUAAGCGGGCCGGAACCGGUUUGUUGUUUGGUUAAUGUUGUUGUUGUUUACUCUAUUUAUUUAUUUGUGGUGGAAAAUAAAAGUUGAAGCUGGUUCCGACUCGUUUUCUUUCUGUCAGAUUUUUAAAAUGCAAAAUAACUUCA